AUGCUGAACCACUGGACAAGAGACCUGCUCCCUCUCCUCAGACAAGCUGGAUUGGAAUUCGAGGAGCUCCCUCGGUGUGAAUGGCUGCAACGGUUGCGCGAGUCUAACCAGGAUCCCGAUGUCAACCCGCCUAUCAAGCUGCUCGAAUUCUUCACCAGCAAAUACGACCAUGAUCGGCCUAGUCGCGUACUCCUAUACGACACCAAGCAGGCCGUAGCUGGGGCCCCUGCUCUACGUGAAGCUGGAGGACUCACCCCUGAGUUGGUCAGCCGGUUCAUCCAUCACUUCCGCACCCACUGCUGGUCCUCGUCUACGGGCGCAACCACCACCUCAGCGCCAGCACGCGAAGUCAUCUUCCUCACUGGACCAUGCGGAUGCGGCAAAAGCACAGCUGCGCAGGCUCUGGCACAGCGCUUCGAAAUCCCAGUAAUCGAAGGCGACAACCUGCACUCGCCGGCCGCACGGGAGAAAAUGGCCAAGGGAAUUCCGCUGGAGGAUCGCGACCGGUGGAACUGGUUGGCGCAUAUCCGAGGGGCAGUAAUGGAUCGACUACAGCAGACCACCGCACCGGCUAUUGCUGUGACCUGCUCCGCGCUGCGCACUGUAUACCGCGACGAGUUGCGGCGGCUGUCUCAGCUGCUGGACUUCCCCGUCACGGUCACCUUUCUGCUUUUGUCUGUCCACGAUCGGGAGACAUUGAAGAAGCGGAUGGUUGAACGGUUGGCGAAGGAGGAGCACUACAUGCGCUCGACGAUGGUGGAUUCCCAGCUGGAUAUCUUGGAGGAGCCGAAGUUGUCGGAGGGCGAUGUCAUCAUUGUGAGCGCGGGCCAGGACAAGCCACAGAUGCUGCAGCAGGUGGAGGAAACUGUACGGGGAUUGUUGAAGGCAUAG